AUGACGGACAUUUCAAGAGAAGAACUCGAUGAGAUCUACGCGUUUGCUGUCCAGUUGGGGCGGAAGGCGGGUAAGAUGCUCAUGGAUGCCGCGCAAUUGAGAAUCGAUGGUGGGAAUGCGUCAGGCGAAGAGAAGGAACAUGUUCAGAAAGAGAAUGCUGUCGAUUUGGUUACGGAGACGGACGAGGAUGUUGAGGCAUUUAUCAAGAAGGCAAUAGCUGAGAAGUACCCCAAGCACACGUUUGUCGGCGAAGAAUCGUAUAGCAAAGGCUCCUCCCGCGACUACCUAAUCGACGCCUCACCUACGUGGUGUGUCGACCCUCUCGACGGAACAGUAAACUAUAUCCAUCUGUUCCCCAUGUUCUGCGUGAGCAUCGCCUUCAUACACAAAUCCAAACCGCUCAUUGGCGUCAUAUACGCGCCCUUCACGAACCAAUUCUUCUCGUCCUGCGCUGGUCGUGGCGCCUUCUACAACGAAACUCAACGUCUCCCGCUGGUGCGCAACCCCAUACCACCCAUGCCGGCAAAGGCGCCUAGUGGUUGUAUCUUCUCAUGUGAGUGGGGCAAGGAUAGAAGAGAUACGCCAGACGGCAAUAUGCAUCGCAAGAUUGAGAGUUUUGUCAAUAUGGCGGCUGAGAUUGGAGGAAGACAGGGGAGAGGAGGCAUGGUUCAUGGAGUUAGAAGUCUGGGAAGUGCAACACUAGAUUUGGCAUAUGUUGCUAUGGGAGCGUUUGAUAUCUGGUGGGAAGGAGGGUGUUGGGAAUGGGAUGUUGCGGCUGGCAUUGCUAUCUUACACGAAGCUGGAGGACUGGUCACAACGGCGAACCCCCCGGAGGAUGAGGCCAAUGCGCCUAUUGAAGAAGUGAAGCUAGGGAGUCGGUUGUAUUUGGCCAUCAGGCCCGCUGGACCAUCGCCGACGGAAACAGGGCGACAGAGUCAAGAAAGGACAGUACGUGAGGUAUGGCGGCGGGUCCGUAAUCUCGACUAUUCGCGACCUGGAGCGUAA